ACACUUGUGGCGUGCUAUAUGUGGAUUUGACUCGAUUUUGUUUAUAUCAUAGUAUAUCAUCAGGCAGCAGCUGCCUCGUGAUGAUAAUCAAAGCUUAAUCCCGAGCAAAAAUUAUGAUGCGCACAUGGCCGCCCCGCCGGACGAGAUGUGAUUAUUACAACAACAAAGUAAGCACGAGUUAGGGGAGGAACGGAAAGACAAGAACAACCAGCACAGACAAGAACAAGAAGAGGGCUCGUCUCGGCAGGUCGCAGGCACACGGAGCCGGAGGCUGCGUCGCUGGCCCCGCCGGCAACUGGGCUACCGCGGCGCCGCCCUACGCCAAGUGCCCAGUUCUUCUUCGUCGGUCCCUUCGGCAGGUCUUCUUCGCCGGCGACGAGCACCUACCAAGGACAGUGGGUACAUCGCUAGCUAUUGCUUCAUCUUAUCUGCUGCAGCAAGUGGAGGCGGAGGCUUUACAAGGAGUUGGGGAAGUAUGGGCAGAAGCUGCUAUCAAAUCUGAAACUCUGCUUGGCACACCAGUGCUGGAGGGAUGUAUAAGAACCAGCUCCAGGAGCUUGCGCAGAGGAGCUGCUUCAAUCUGCCGUCCUAUUCCUGCAUCCGGGAGGGACCGGAUCAUGCACCCCGGUUUAAGGCCACAGUUAAUUUCAAUGGGGAGAUGUUCGAGAGCCCCGCGUUUUGUUCUACUUUGCGGCAGGCGGAGCAUGCGGCAGCUGAGGUAGCGCUCAAUGAGUUAUCGAAGAGGGGCCCUUCGUCGACGCUGGCUGCCAAAGUUCUGGAUGAAACCGGGAUAUACAAGAAUCUUCUUCAAGAAACUGCUCAUCGAGCUGGUCUAAAACUCCCCAUCUAUACUACUAUUAGAUCUGGGCCAGGUCAUACACCUGUGUUCACAUGCACAGUGGAGUUGGCAGGAAAGACAUUUACUGGCAAUCCUGGAAAGACCAAGAAGCAAGCUCAAAAAAAUGCUGCAAUGGCUGCCUGGUCUGACUUGAAGCAACUGCCCAGGAUAGGUGAGCCGUCAUCGUCAUCAUGUCCGGCUGAUCAGGAUGAUGAAGAGCAGGAACAGGUCAUAGUUACUCGUACUCUUGCAAGCUUGAACCAGGCAAAUAUUGGUAAGGUGCCACAUCAAAAGGAAAAACAGCAAACAAAUAACCGCCCAUCAUCACAGAGAUCUUAUCCUAAGCCAAAUACAUCAUUCUACCGGCCAUAUAUGCAAAAUCAGGCUUAUCCUAGUGUUCCACCAGAUCAAGCUAUGUACCAUCUAUGGGAUCGGAUGCAAGCGACACAGCCAACGCCUCGCUUUCCAGUGGUACCAACUAUGGGUAAUACAAGGUUUCCCCCACCAGCAGCUAUGCUCCCCAUGUACCCUCCACCUCGAGGGCAAUUCUCCAAUCCGGCUAACCAGGAUGCUCUAGGUCUUCUUCCAUGUUUUCCUGAAGCUGCUCCUGCCGUGCCACGGUACUUCUCACCUUACCCUGUCUCCUAUGUGCCAAGAAGUCCUUUGCCAGUUACUGUUCACAAAAUUCAUGAGAAAAGGCAGGACCACACUGAAACAGUCGAGCUUCCUGACGCUGCAGUAUUCUCGCCAUGCACUACCUUUGAUUCCUUUAGGACAUCAGAAUGUGGUGGUCCACCACGCAAGGUUCAAGAACCAACCAAAAAUGGGAAAGAAGGCUGUACUGGGAGCAGUACUUCCCCUGCGGAAGAACAUAACACUCUCACUGUCCCAAGCUCUACCACACAAUCGUCAUUGCACAAAUUGGAACCAAAUGAAGAUGAGCAAACAUUGCAGGCAGGUUUGAAGCAGGCCCAUGAACAACAACUAAUGCCAUCCUCGUCUUGUGUUAGUCCUUUAGUUACAGCACAGAACUCUGUCCAGCGAAAGCAUUAUGCUAGCUCCAUCCAGCAUGAGCCUAUACAUAGAAGGAAUCCUCCUCAUACUAACCCACCUGCAUUGCCUGAUCUGUGGUCUUCCCACUCGCAAGCUCUACCCAGAUUUGGAUCUGCACCUCCUGUAAACUCAAGUUCAGUUUUCCAGCAGCGACCUCCUUGGUUGGCUGCACUGGUCACAGUUCGUACAGCUGUUCCUGUCUGCUCAGCCAGGCCAAAUGUGGGAACAGCUCCAGCAAGACCUGCUUCCCAGAACCGCUCUGCACCAGCUAGGGCUGAGCCCGAAUCUCGUACCCAUAAUGGGGAGAGAGAUCUGAACAGUGCGGCAAUAUCGAGUUCUGAAUUCAAUAAACUCCACAUUUGAGCUGCGGUUUUGUUUCUGCUGAACUUUUUAGUUAGGGCUGAGACUUGCAGCAUCUCAGUUUUGUUUGCUUCUUUAUUUAGUUAGAUAGGUUCAGCCCUUGAAAGAGUUGUGCGAGUGCGGGCCAGUGCUUGCACCCUUAGAUUUUCAUUUUACAUAUACCAGCUGUCCAGUUCCUUAUGAAGAUAAAUGGGAGAAUUGUAAUAUAGAAAAUACAGAGUUCUUUCUCAUGUGAUCAAUAUCGAGAAGUUACUACGUUCUUUUGUUGAUUGGUUGAAUUUGAAUGAUUGAUGGAUUAAACUUU